AUGACGCUGGCAGCCUCGCCAGCUAACAGCAGCUUCGCCGCAGAGACCCUGCUGCUCUCGGUGAAUAACCCGGGAAGGCCCACACGAGCGUCAAUGCAAAUUCCUGAAGCUGAAGGAAAAGGUGAAAUUCUACCUCCAACUAUCCAAAAAAUAAUAAAAGGAUACAACAAGUAUCUACGUCCAUUUUUUGAUAAUGGUCCUGUGUCAGUUGGAAUGAGCCUGGAUAUUGCAAGCAUUGAUACGAUAUCAGAAAUAAAUAUGGACUACACGGCUACCAUAUUUCUAAGGCAGCGAUGGACUGAUGAGAGACUUUGUUUCGAUGGCAAUAAGAGUUUAAGCUUAGAUGGUCGCCUUGUGGAAAUGCUUUGGGUACCAGAUACCUUCAUAGUUGAUUCAAAGAAGUCUUUUCUUCAUGAUAUCACUGUUGAGAAUCGUCUUAUAAGAAUAUACCCUAAUGGAACAGUCUUGUAUGCUCUACGGAUCACCACAACUGUUGCAUGUAGCAUGGAUCUAAGCAAAUAUCCCAUGGAUAAGCAGACGUGUACUUUGCAACUGGAAAGCUGGGGUUAUAACAUCAAUGAUGUGAUGUUUUACUGGACCAGAGGAAAUGAUUCAGUUCGAGGUUUGGACACGCUCCGACUGGCACAAUACACAGUAGAAGACCACUUUACCUCGGUGUCCGAAGCGGUGUAUGAGACAGGUCAUUACCCAAAGCUAGUGUUUCACUUUGAACUCAAGAGAAACAUCUUGUAUUUCAUACUAGAGACAUAUGUACCAUCAAUCCUACUGGUUGUACUCUCCUGGGUAUCGUUUUGGAUAAGCCAGUCAUCAGUUCCAGCCAGAAUCUGCAUAGGUGUUACCACAGUCCUCACGAUGACAACACUGAUGAUGGGAGCCAGGACUUCACUCCCAAAUGCUAAUUGCUUUAUUAAGGCAAUUGAUGUGUACCUCGGUAUCUGCUUCAGUUUCAUCUUUGGCGCACUGUUAGAGUAUGCCGUGGCUCACUUCUGCACUCUGCAUCGCCUCAGUUCAAAGGAACUUCCAAAGGAGGAGGAUGAAGAGGCUGAAGAAGAGAGGAAUGGCGCCCUGGCAGUGGUUGCUAACAGUCGCGGUGCCCCUGACAAUACCAACAGGAUCGAUUCAAACAAGAGCCGCAAAACCAGCAUUGAUGGGAAAAGGGAGAGAAGUAAACACAGUGGGUGUAGUUCACCAAUGUCAGUGAUGAAAAAACUUUGCUGUAUCUUUGAUUGCUUCCAUGUUAAAAAUCCUUACCACAUAGACAACUAUGCCAGGUUUUCUUUCCCUUUAUCAUUCAUCAUAAUUAAUGUAUUUUAUUGGGUAUAUUAUUUGUAUUUCUAA